UUGGGUCAAAACCGAAUGAAGAUGUUAUUCAAAAACAUAAUUUUCGUGGUAUUGUCCAUGUAUAUGAUUUUACAACAUACAUACGGUGAGGAUUAUGCCAAAGAAGUUCAAGAAUUAUUUGGAUUAAGAAAUACAAUACCAACUUUAAAUUUAUAUCAUAGAGGAAACAAAAGCUAUUACAUUGGCAAUAUUUUUAAAGCUAAUGUAUUACAUGCCGAACAAUUCUGUAGAUACCACGACAUGAAUUUGGUGAACAUAGAAACGCAAGAGGAGAACAACUUUUUGGAAGAAAAACUAUUUGAAGCAGGUCCGCCUGAUGAGUUUUUCUUAACUUCUCUCAAUAGAAUACCUAACAACAAACUUUGGAUUUCUUUAACAAGUGGAAAAUCGCUUAAAUAUUUCAACUGGCAAAAAGAUGAACCAAACAAUGUCAAAAAAGAAGAACAGUGUAUUAUUGUGCGCACAGUAAACAAAGAGUUGAAAUGGUACGAUGGUUUCUGCUGGGAUUUUUACUAUUUUAUCUGCGAAGUUAUUUGGACAAAAACGGACCAGAAAUUGUUGCAAAUUAUAAGAGACAAACUCGAAAAACAAAUUGAAGCACAAGGUAAUAUCAGCAUGACCAUAGGAACACCGAACGUUCAUUAAAACAAAAAUGUUUUAGUCCAAAAAGAAAAGUUGACAUAUUUUAUAUACUAUAGAAUAAAAAUAAAUACUUAAAGGGA